UCGCGCAUGCGAGUUUCAGCAUAAUGCGUGGACUUCAAAGCGUCAACUUUGUCAUUAUACCGUUGUUUAAAUUGCCUUGUUGUAAAAGGAACGGCGAUUGUGUCUCGGGAUGAAUCAACCCUGCACGCAAAGACGAUUAAACGUUGAUCUCACCAAGAAUGAAAGCGAAAUCUAAGGAGAAAUAUAUCGUAUGUGUUGGCAUCAGUUGGCUGAAGAGUUCAAUGUGCAUCACCGAAUCAGGAUGCUAAUAUCCUGACUCAAGACCACAAGCCAGAGAAUGAAAGGAAUACCUUUUAUCCUUGGUAUCCAGUAUUUCUAGGCCCCAGAUUUCACACUGUUCCAACUGCACUUUGGGGAUCAUCGACUUGAUGAAUCAAUAACAUUGUUAAUAGAAAUGACAGAGGGAAGAAUUGAUUUAACUUUGUAAAAAUAUAUAUUAGAUCAUUUAAGCAUUGUAAUUGGUUUCAAAUGGAAAGUGUAGAUAUUCAGAAUAUUUGCAUGUCUAGAGUUUCCAAUUUAUCCUUCAGGAACACUUAAAUGUUAUAUUCAUCCCACAUCUUUUCUCACUUUUUUUGUUGAAUAGUUCCCUAUAUCAGAUUUUAAGCAAGUCUUGGUUGAAUAGACAUGGCAUACAAUUCACUUGAUUUUUCAACUGGAAAUGACUUCAUCUGCACGGAGUGUGGCGAAGGGUUUGGCCAGUACCCGAAACUGAUCAAUCACAUGGCAAAUCAUGGACCCAUUGGCCCAUUUUCUUCCAUUUCUGAAACUGCAGCCAAUGGUUGUGACAAACCUAUUGAAUUUGCACUUCAUGAAAAUGGAACACUCACAGUGGUUGACAGAUCCGCUUUAUCAAACUUCUCAUUCUUAUUUGGAAAACCCAUGUCAAAGAUAUUGCCAAACCCAGCACAUUAUCAGGAUUCCUUGCCUUCAAGCAAAAUGGCAGAAAGAGACCAUACACAAUGUAGAUGUGAGAGAUGUGGUCAAGUGUUUAGGAACCAGAGAAGUUUACAACAGCAUCAACGCUAUCGUCCCCUUGAGCAAGGGUUUAAAUGUACCUUAUGUUGCAAAGUUUUUUAUGAUAGAGAGAGCCUUCGUGGGCACCUUCAGAACCAUGCCCAUGAACGUUUUUACAGUUGUGGACAUUGUGGGAAACGAUUUUUGAGACAAGAGACCUUGUUGUUGCAUCAGAAAGAAUGGCAUAGGUCUCUUGGAUCCAGGAGUUCGAGUAAAUUUGAUGAGGACCGCGAAAAUGGUAUUGAUAAAUCAUACCCUUGCAAGAUUUGUGGCUUGCGUUUCUUUUGGUUAUCAGACCUGCAGAGCCAUCUACUUAAUCAUUCUUAUGUCAGCAAAGCAACUGAUGAUCCCAUACAAAAAGAGAACAUGCAGGAACAGGAUGAGAGUAGCCCUAAGAAAAAUGCCUCCCAUUCUCCUGAUGAUUCUACUGACCGAUCAUAUCGUUGUGGCUUGUGCGGAGGACACUUUAAUUGCUUGUCAGAUUUGAAAGAGCAUCACCUUUCAGAUCAUCCAGAUGAGGACUCUUCUGAACCAGUAUCUGAGAUUAGACGACAGUCUGUUAAUUAUUAUGGUAUAAUGCGUCAAACAGUUUCAAAACACCAAACUCAACGAAUGGAUCUGUUGAGGCCACGAAUGCGAGGUAGACCAAGAGGAGGUGCUUCCAGAGGUAAUCCACACUCUAAAGUAUUUCCUUGCAAACAAUGCCAUCGUGUUUUUGUACAUUCCAGUAGCCUUUCCCGUCAUAUGCGAUACCAUAAGGGUACCCUUCACACAUGCCUUUAUUGUGGUAGACACUUUCCACAAAGAUGUGAUGUCACAAGGCAUGUUGCCAUGUACCAUAGUUCAGACAUAAAGCCUAAGGCAGAUAGUGAAAAAUUAGACCAUGAAAAUGAAACUGCUACACAUGAGUCACCAAAAACACAGACAAGCAAUGAGAGUGAUUAUGAAGGUCAGGACAAUGAAGACCAGCAGUCACCAAAACCGCCAGACAAAGAGGAGUCGCCAGAUACUCAAGAGACCUCUCUAGUCAAGCCACGGAUGACCUACAAAUGCAAAGAUUGCGGUCGAGUCUUUAGGCUACUUAGCGUAUUUCAGCGACAUGGCCGAUACCACAGAAUAAACCCUUCUCGGGUAUUGCUAAGUUGUCCUCGUUGUCCAUGUCGCUUCACCUUCCGCUCUGCUCUAGAGCGCCAUCUAGAGAAUCACGAUAAAGAAGGAUCCGAGAAGCAUGGUCAGGAAGCAUCCCCAACAGAGGCAGAGGCAAAUUCAGAGUAUGUGGAAAACGAAGAUGAUUUGAGUGGUGAAAGGAGUGAGUCAGAAGCUGAUUCAAAAGAGAGUACUUCAACAGAUGUAUUAUAUGAGUGCACUGAAUGUACUGAGACCUUCACAGAACUACAGCUAUUCCUCAAACAUCAAAGUGCUCAUGGUUGAUAUAUUUGAAGAGACAAUAUAUUCCUUGAACUGUUAAUUUAACUGUUUCAUACAAUGGCACAUCUGGAAUGUUUUGUACAACAAAUCAAGUACAUACUGAUUUCAUCAAGCCUUUUUGAAAUUUCUUCAUUUGAAACUUUGCUGUUUUGAGAAAGUAGGGGUCAGAUCUUGAGGAAUCAAAGAGAAGGCUAAAUUGACACUGAAAAUUGGUACUUUACUAAAGUUGUUUCCAUUUGUUACCAUUAAAAUUCUAACCCCCAGCUGUCUACCCAUCUUUUUUUUUUCCUGUUAAUCGCUUACCCUGAAACAUUAGGUAUGUCCUCAAAAGAAUCCCACUCAUAUCUGCCUUUGCAGUGUGUACUUUUUUUGAUAUUGCAUGUCUUCAAAGCUGCCACUUACUGAUGUCCAAGACAUAUUUUGUUUACAUGUUGUUCUUACUCCAAUAAUUAGUCAAAGAGUAUACUAAAUGAAGCCACAGCAUAGAACAUGGGUAGAAAUGUUGAGUUUCCUUUCCAGUUUUCAUUUAGUAGGCCCUGAUUAAAUAUUGGUAUAAUGGUCAUAGAAAUAAGUGUUUCCAUUCUUUUAAAUUGAUAAAAAGUUAUACUAUAAAAAAACAGUAUUUGUAUGCACUAUAUAUAUAUAUAUAUAUAUAUAUAUAUAUAUAUAUAUAUAUAUAUAUAUAUAUAUAUAUAUAUAAAUAAUAUAAAAAUUUGUGCCAUCAGGUUAUAUACCCACCUUUGCAACAACUGACAACAGAGAAUAAAUUUAUUGUCGACACCCAAAAUGUACCUUUAAAUAAAACAGCCUAAUCCUGCCUUUUGGUUCUGUCUGGUUCAGGCAUUAUGGUCAGAGGUCCUGGGUGAAGUCAUUUUAGUUGUCUGCAACCUGUUAGAACCCAGGGUACAGUUGUAAUUGGGGUCACUGAUGCAGUACAGUUUGCAUUGAAGGUUUCCUUGGGACCAAAAGCAUGCUUGUCUACAAAAUGUGGCCUAAGUCCAUUGCCAAGGUAAAGUGCUUCUAAUUCAGAAGACGAACCUCUAAUAUAAUGACUGCAUUUGCGGUUAGGAGACCAAUAGUCAUUUGAGGACAAGUCAGGUUUCCUCUGACUUUAUCCUGUUCUGCUGUAAAGAUAUUUGAAAUAUUUGGUAAUUGUUUGUGUUGUAUGGUGAUUUAUUUUUUUUAAUAAUCACUAAAACAACUGCAGAUCUCUUGUGAUUUGUAUUAAUAAAAUUCACUAUCUGACAUCA